AGAGAACGCACGCGGAGCGAGUGCGAGGCACUGACUGCGGCGGCAGGCGGCCGCGGCUCCAGCGGUUAGCUCAGCUAGUGUCAGAGAGGUCGCACUAACGUGAACAUCUCGCCGACGCGCUCUCAAAUAUACACAUUACGAAAAAAAUCACUCUACCUUUUUUGGCGGGUAAUUUUCAACAAUGUCGGCCACCGACGAACUGAGCGGCAUUCUCUCGAGGCGACAAGAGAUAAACGAAAAACUCGAAGAAGGGCUCGAAGUUAAACCUAAAUAUAAAUUUGUGAAUGUUUUUACGGAGUUUCAUGAAUUCUCCAGGAAGGAAAUUAAACAGUACGAGGAGACCUUUAACAAGUUCGAUGAGGGUCGCGAUGGUUUCCUCGACCUGACGGAAGUGAAGCGGAUGAUGGAGCGACUGGGCGCGCCGCAGACGCACCUCGGCCUCAAGGCUAUGAUCACCGAAGUCGACGAAGACGGCGACAACAAGAUCAGCUUUAGAGAAUUCUUACUUAUAUACCGGAAGGCUCGAUUAGGCGAACUCGAAAUGGACUCCGGUUUAGAAGCACUGGCAAGACUAACAGAGAUCAACGUCGACCAAGUCGGUGUUAAUGGGGCAAAGAAUUUCUUCGAAGCCAAAAUUGAAGAAUUGUCAAAGAAAAACAAAUUCCACGAUGAAAUUAUUCAAGAACAGGAAGAGAAACGUCGCGAAGCUGAAGAAAAAGCUCUACGGAGACAACGGUUUAAAGAAAAAACUGCAAUCUUUCAACAUUGAUUUAUUUACGGAUCGUUUAUGUAUCUAGUCUGUAAGCUGUUACCUUAUGGCUUGGUGUAAUACUUAUUGUUUACAUUGUCGAAACAAGCACAUACUAAACAUGUUUUAUGAGAAUGUUUCGAAGCGCGAAUUUACACUUAAGCAAAUCGCAACAUCGAGAUUUUAACAUCUUUGAAUAAUUAUGGGUUUAUUUUAAUAAUUUUAAGUAAGUUUUAAUAGGCCUAGUAUAAGU